AUGAAACUCCAUAUUUGCUUAUUAGCCCUAAUAAUUGGAAUAUGUUUUACAUCUUUAACUCAGGCCUACACCACUAGUCAUACUGAAAUUGUUAAGCACACCGACUCCUUAGAUCCCAGCAAAGAUGGUUUUUGGUCUGAGAAAAAAUCCUGGAAAUCACGUUGGGUUAAAUACUGGAAACCCAAAACUAUAUAUGUGCCCAUCUGGAAAAAGGUCUGGUCACCUAUAAUACAAAAGGAAUGGGUACCUUUACCCAACUCACCACCUGGUUGGUCUAAAUCGAAUAGUAAUACAAAAUUCAGUGAAUACAAAUAUUAAGAUAAAACCUAUUAAAAACCUAAAU